AUGGCGCAAAACUAUUCUUUCAAGUACUUCACUGUUCAAUUCCCAGCUGAGAACCCAUAUGUUGCCCAUGUGGAGAUCAACCGGGCGGACAAGAUGAACGCAUUCUUCGAAGCUAUGUGGCUGGAAAUGCGUCAAGUCUUCAAUCAGCUCUCCGAAGACCCCUCCGUCCGGGCCAUUGUCCUGAGUGGAGCUGGCGAAAAGGCAUUCACCGCUGGGCUAGACGUCAAGGCCGCGCAGGGCGGCAUUCUCUCGAGCGACUCCAACCUCGACCCCGCCCGCAAGGCAGUCCACCUGCGCCGUCAUGUCCUCGAAUUCCAAGACUGUAUCACCGCCGUCGAACGCUGUGAGAAGCCCGUCAUUGUGGCCAUGCACGGGUUCUCCCUCGGCCUAGCAAUCGACCUGUCCACCGCAGCCGACAUCCGUCUCUGCUCCAAGGAUGUGCGAUUCGCCGUCAAGGAAGUCGACAUUGGAUUGGCCGCAGACAUCGGUACCCUCAGCCGACUGCCCAAGGUUGUUGGCAACUUUGGCUGGGUGAAGGAGGUCGCCUUGAGCGCGCGCAUUUUCGGGGCCGAGGAAGCCCUUCGCGUGGGAUUCGUGAACUCCGUGCAUGAGAAUCGGGCGGCUACGAUCGCGGCGGCUCUCAAGCUGGCUACACUGAUUGCAUCGAAGAGUCCCGUGGCGGUGCAGGGUACCAAAGAGAUUUUGAACUGGUCGCGCGAUCACUCGGUGCAGGAUGGUCUGCGGUAUACGGGUGUGUGGAAUAGCGCGGCGCUGCAGACGGGGGAUGUGCCUGCUGCUCUGCUGUCGGGGCUACAGAAACGCACGCCUACUUUUGAGAAGUUGUAG